AGGUCGCGCAUGCGCGCUGGGAGCUCUCUAUUCACGUGGGGGAGACGGAGAAGCUUUCAGUCCCGCAUUGGCAUUUGUAGUGAGGGGAGACAGGAAGACUUAUCGCUAUGGCAGGAAAAGCAUUCAAAACCUUUCUCCCUUUAUUUGAUCGUGUCCUUGUGGAGCGACUUUGUCAAGAAACUGUCACCAAAGGAGGAAUUAUGCUUCCUGAAAAAGCUCAAGGCAAAGUUUUGCAAGCCACGGUAGUAGCAGUUGGAGAAGGCUCUAGGGCGAAGGAUUUUUACAACUGGCCUGAUGAAUCCUUUGAAGAGAUGGACAGUACUUUGGCUGUACAGCAGUACAUCCAGCAGAACAUAAGAACUGAUUGUUCAAACAUUGAUCGAAUUCUAGAGCCCCCUGAAGGUCAAGAUGAAGGAGUGUGGAAGUAUGAACAUCUUCGGCAAUUUUGUCUUGAACUCAAUGGACUUGCUGUUAAACUCCAGGCUGAAUGUCAUCCGGACUCUUGCACCCAAAUGACAGCAACAGAACAAUGGAUAUUUCUUUGUGCAGCUCAUAAAACACCAAAAGAGUGUCCUGCCAUAGAUUACACAAGGCAUACACUGGAUGGUGCUGCAUGUCUCUUGAAUAGCAAUAAAUAUUUCCCAAGCAGGGUUAGCAUAAAGGAAUCAUCUGUUGCCAAACUAGGAUCAGUGUGUCGUAGGAUUUAUAGAAUAUUUUCACAUGCUUAUUUUCAUCAUCGGCAAAUUUUUGAUGAAUAUGAGAAUGAAACAUUUUUGUGUCAUCGGUUCACAAAGUUUGUGAUGAAAUAUAACCUUAUGUCCAAAGAUAACCUGAUUGUUCCUCUCUUGGAUGAAGAAGUGCAAAGUUCAUCUGCCAGGGAAAGCGAAGCAUAAUUCUAUUCAUGUUCAGAUAAUCCAACAUGAACUUAUCGUUGAUGAUUCGAUACAACUAUUAACAAAUCUGUACUGUGUAUAUAUAUAUAUAUAUAUCUUUUAAAUCAAGAAAACUCUGUAUCUUGUCUUCUAGUGCAGUAGUUAUCAGCCUUUUCCAACUUUCUUGACAUAUUAUUGACUGCUUUUGUUGUGAGGUUUUUUUUUUAUGCUGCAAAUAUGUUUUGUUAAGAUAUUGAUCACAAGCAAAAUGAUGUUUUUAUCAUGUUGGGAAGAAGCAAAUAUGUAUUGGUUAAGUACCUUGUACAAAAAGGCAGAAGUAUUGUUAAAGGCAUGUCCUGUAAAGGUAAUAGAAAAUGUAUGUGCAGAGCAAGUGGUUUGAGCACGAUGAGGCUCUAAAAUUAGAUGCAUUUGCAAAUAUAGCCUGAAAUAAUGGGAUUCAAACUGUUUUAUUGUAUGCUCUGGACAAUGUCCUGUUUCUUUUAAAGGAUAAGUUCAGCUUUGGGAACAUGUUGCAAGUUCACCCGUUUUUUUUAGGGUGGAACAUGUAAUAUCUUCCUGUAGUGGCUUGGCAAACUGAGCCCUCUGAGUGACAGCUGUAUGGGGAGAAGUUCCCCGUGCUAGCUGUCACUUUUUGAAAAGAACAUGGCCGUGCAGGGCCCCGCCCACACAGCCAUGUCAUUCAUUUACAGAGUUCUGUGAAUGACUGAACUACAAGUAGUGACAUCCUUUGUAGAUGUUGGCUUGUAGUUCUCAAUGAACCACCACGGCACUGUUAAGCGUUCUAGGUAUUUCAUUGAUUUAUCCUGUCUUUGUGUAACUACCUGGCCAUACAAUGUAUGGGCAGACAGCUUACACUGACAGUCUGCAGAAGACCUGCAAGGCUCCUAAAAAAA